UAUUUAGUCGCAGGCGCAGCGCGACACCGACAUGUUCGCUCUCGUUCGUGCGCGUUAGUUCAAGAUCGGCAUUUAACGGCGCGUCGCCGCCCCACUGAGAACUCAGCGAGUGGGAGCGAGAAAGCAAAUCGCAAGAAAUAGACGCGUGCACAGAAACGUUUGAAUACAUUUAUUUAGACAAUAUUUACACCGCCGUUGCAAUUAAAAUUGAUAGCAAUUGAAAAGUAUUCGAACAAUAAUAGAAACGUGUCGCGAAGUGCAAGUGCAAAAAGUUUUAGAAAUCAAGUCACUUAAUAAACAUCGUUAACAGAAAGAAAAUACGCUAAUAACGGGAACGUAGAGGGUUCCACUCAGUGCGACGCAAGAAAUCGGUCGAGAAAGACGCCCAUUUUUUAUAUAGAACAUCGAUCCCAUCACCACUAUACCACCCAACAUCAAGAUGACAUCACGGGUGCGUCAUUGUGCCCAUCUGGGGAUCGUCGUUCUUGGGAUCUUCUGCUUUGUCAGUGGGAUUUACCUCUUUCGCAACUGGAUAGACAUGUUUACACGCAUGCGCGGCAAGGAAAUGGCCUUGAGCCCCACAUCACGAUCAUUCGAAGGUUGGAAGGUGUCCCCGCUGCCGCUAGACUUUGAUGUCUACCUCUUCAACUGGACGAAUCCGGAGGAUUUCUAUGUGGGAUCAAGUAAAAAGCCCCGCUUUGAGCAACUCGGUCCGUAUCGGUUUCGAGAGCACCCCGACAAGGUGGACAUCAACUGGCACAAUCACAAUUAUUCCGUGUCCUUCAAUAAAAAGUCCUGGUUCUAUUUUGAUGCUGCCGGCAGCAAUGGAAGUCUAUCGGACAUUGUCACGCAAGUCAAUAGCGUGGCUCAUGCUGCUGCUAGACGUGCUGCUGAUAGCUGGUUGGGCAGAGCGACCGUUAACCUUGCCAAUAAUGUGUAUGGCCAAAAGUUGACUGUCAGUAAAACCGUUGAAGAAAUGCUCUUCAAAGGCUACGAGCAUCCGUUCAUCAAGGUCGGCAAGCUGCUGAGCCCUCAGGAUGUGCCCUACGCACGCGUUGGCUUCCAGUAUCCACGAAAUGGCAGUGCCAACUUCGAUGGCGAUAUAAACAUGUUCACGGGAGCCGAUGACAUUGCCAAAAUGGGUCAAAUCCAUACGUGGAACAAUAUGACGCACACUGGAGCCUUUGAAGGCACCUGCGGGCAGGUGCGCGGUUCCAUGGGUGAAUUCUUUCCGCCCAAUCUGAGUACCAAUGGCAGCGUUUACAUGUACAUGCCCAAGAUGUGCCGUGCCAUACCGCUGGACUACACCGAAACGGUCACCGUUCACGGAGUGACCGCUUAUAAAUUCAGUGGCACCAAGCAUGCGGUGGACAAUGGCACCAUGUACCCGGAUACGAAGUGCUAUUGCGUCUACGGCAAGUGUAUGCCAGUUGGGGUGAUCAACAUCGGACCCUGCGCCUUUAACGCCUCCGUCUACAUGUCCUAUCCGCACUUCUAUCUGGCGGAUCCGAGCUUUCUGGAGGCCAUCGAUGGUCUGCAGCCGGAACGCGAAAAGCACGAGUUCUUCAUGACUCUGGAGCCCAAUGCGGGCGUGCCCAUGGAUGUGGGCGGCGGCUUCCAGGCCAACUACUACAUGGAGCCCAUUCCGGGUAUAACAAUCUACGAGAAUAUUCCGCGAGUGAUGAUUCCCAUGAUGUGGGCCGAGGAACGUGUUCGCGUCACCGAGGAAAUCGCCGCCGAUGUUGCCCUAGUUCCGCUGAUUGUCCUGCUGGGACAGAUCGUGACUGGCAUUCUGCUGGCCGGCGGUCUCAUCUGCACCUGCUGGUAUCCCACGCGCCAGGUGACGCACUUCUGCCACAGCGAUCCCAAGGCCAAGGCCAACGUUCUGCGUCCCCUCACCGUUUUUGGUGUAAAUUCGGCGGCAGCCACGGCUCCGGUGGCCCAACUAUUCCGCCACAAUGCCAGUUCGUCGGGCAACGAUCGCGUUGGAGUGCGACUGUUGGAAUACAAUCGCAGUUCUGGAGUAAAAGACGAAAGCGGUACAACAGAGCGAUCGGCCAGAGAACGACUGAUCAGCGAGGACUCACCGGAUGUUGUAGUUAGAUAAUACGUUGGCGUUGGCAUCAAGCCUUUCUGACGGUGCCUGCAACGAUUGUCUGCCUUAGACUCAUUUAUAUCGCCGUAGCUUAGGAUAGCACAAAGUGAUGAAGCCAUUCUGCCUUAGCCAGGCCCACAGAGGCUGGACCCAUUCGCUCAGCUGGGAUCCAUUGAUCCUGAUCACAUUACAUGCCACAUUUCCACGCACGCCCAUCCCAUCCGCAUUAGGAGUUCCCUCAACAUGUCUGCACGCAAUGCAGAUAGCGAGAGAGAUUAAUAAGAUUAUUUAUUUUAGUGCCAAAAAGAAAAGCAGAGGAAACCCAAGAAAAAGUCAUUAACUAUUUUAGUAGGCUGAACUUAUCUGUAAAUAGAGCGAGUCGUUAGGCGCCACAUUCAUUUCGCUAAACUGUUGAAGUUAAAACUACUGCGCAUGCCCAAAGUAUUUAUAUUUAUACGAUAAUGCUUAUUUUUUUGUAAUUUGUAAAGCGAUAUUUUAGUUUUUAUUCAAAUUGAGAUGAAGUGAUAAAGAAAACAUAUUGAAAAGAACAGUGAGAGCGAUGAUUUUUCACAAUUGCUCACUUAGUUAGGCAAUCUUUGUUUUAAGUCUUGUACAAAUAAUGCUAACACUGCAAAGAUUUCGCAUAUCCUAUUUACGUAUGUCAAUCAAUGUAAGAUCUAAAUACUUAGAUAAUAGAGCACAGCUGUGAACCCCCGGAAAUAUUUCCAAAAAUUCCUUAAGAUAAAUUUAAAAACACAUAAAACCAAGUGAUCAAGAAGGGACUUUUUAUAAAUUCAAUUGCAUU